AUGGCUUUGUGGCAUAAUAGUCUUCAUCAUAAUCCAACUCUUCUUCUCUGCUAUGCGAUGGGAACCAUUCUCAUCCUCCAAAUAAUUUCUCUUACAAACUCUCUAUCAUUUAACCACCCCUACUUUACAAAUGGUGAUGUCAAGUGGGAAGGUGAUGCUUCAAUUCUAAAAGGAGCCAUCCAAGUCACUUCCAACACCAUGGACCAAAACAACAAUUAUAGUGUUGGGAGAGUCACAAGUUAUAAACAGAUGCUCCUCUGGGACACGAACUCUGGAAAGCUUGCUGAUUUCACUACUGAAUUUUCCUUUGUUAUUUUUUCAGAUAAGAGUUAUUAUGGAGAUGGAAUGGCAUUCUUCCUGGCUGAUCCUAAUCUUCCACUUCUGAAGCACAUUAAAGAAGGAGGUGGUCUUGGCCUUGUGGAUGGCAACCAAGUGUUGAAUUCAACUAAACACCCAUUUGUAGCAGUGGAGUUUGACACCUUCCACAAUCAAUGGGACCCUUCAGGUGGCACUCAUGUAGGCCUGAAUUUCAACUCUAUGAAGUCUGACAUAACUAAGCCAUGGUUCACAGAUAUUCAAACAUGGAGUGUUUAUAAUUGCAGCAUUGAGUACAAUUCAAGCACUCAUAAUUUGAGCGUUUCAUUCACUGCGUACAGUGAUGAUGAGCAAGUUGAAGAAUACAUAUCAUACAAGGUUGACUUGAGAAAGUACUUACCAGGGAGGGUUAUUCUUGGUUUCUCAGCCGCAACAGGAAGAUUGUAUGAGGUGCAUACACUGAGAUCAUGGUCAUUUAGUUCAAGUCUACAAAGUGAUGACAACAUAAAUGAGAUAAAACCAAAAGCAGCCCCACCAAACUCCAAUCCUGUUUCUGAAAAGGAAAACAAGAUAGGAUUGUGGGCGGGGCUUGGAAUUGGUGUAGGCUUGUUUUUGACUCUUUUGAGUUUGUUAGUGCUGGUUUGUAUUUUAUUGAGGAAAAAGAUUAGAGGGAGAAAAGAAGAGUUAGCUUUUGAUCUCAGCAUGGGUGAUGAAUUCCCAAAGGGCACUGGACCUAAGAGGUUUGACUAUAAUGAACUAGUAAGAGCUACAAACAAGUUUGCAGAGUCAGAGAAGCUGGGGCAAGGUGGUUUUGGUGGUGUGUAUAAAGGUUAUUUGAAGGACUUAAAGUCCUAUGUUGCUAUCAAGAGGAUAUCAAGAGAGUCUAGACAGGGAAUGAAGGAAUAUGUGACUGAAGUGAAGGUCAUAAGCCAAUUGAGGCAUAGGAAUCUAGUACAACUUAUUGGUUGGUGUCAUAGGAAGAAUGACUUUCUCCUCAUAUAUGAGUUCAUGCCAAAUGGAAGCCUAGAUUCUCAUCUAUACGGUGUGAAAAGCUUCUUAACAUGGAGAGUGAGGUAUAACAUAGCUCUUGGCUUGGGUUCAGCAUUGCUUUACCUACAAGAAGAGUGGGAGCAGUGUGUGAUUCAUAGGGACAUUAAAUCAAGCAACAUUAUGUUGGAUUCAAGUUUCAAUGCCAAGCUUGGUGAUUUUGGUUUGGCUAGGCUGGUGGAUCAUGAGAAAGGGUCACAAACCACACGUAUAGCUGGGACUAGGGGCUAUAUUGCUCCUGAAUAUUUCACUUCAGGAAAGGCUACUAAGGAAUCUGAUAUAUACAGUUUUGGGGUGGUGUUAUUGGAGAUAGCCAGUGGAAGAAAACCUGUUGAACUAGAAGCCGAGGAGGGACAGAUAUCUGUGAUUGAGUGGGUUUGGAACCUCUAUGGAUUGGGAAGGUUCCUUGAAGCAGUUGACCCAAAGUUAUGUGGAGAAUUUGAUGAAAAACAAAUGGAACGUUUAGUGGUUGUUGGCCUUUGGUGUGUUCAUCCAGAUUAUUCAUUCAGGCCUUCCAUAAGGCAAGUGAUUCAGGUGCUUAAAUUUGAGUCUUCUUUACCUAUUCUCCCAGAAAUGAUGCCUGUGCCAACUUAUCUUCCUCCAACAAUAAAAGCACUUUUUUCUUCAGUUUCGUCUUCCUUUUGGGGUAGAAGUUAG